GGGUGAUUGAGGCAAAUGCGUGCGCCUGCCUUUUAAGAUUCGUUAACUUCAUCAUCAUAUUGUUUAUGAAUAGCUUAAUUGACAUAUUAUAUCUGUUAAUUCUUUUAAUUUGUUCAGUUACGGGUGCGCUUUCGUAAGGGAUGCAGCGUUGUGAAGUGGUUAAAAACGGCGUGAUAAAAUGAUGGUGAUUCAGUGAUUUAUCUGUGGUCUAUGAACUUUGUAAUGGGAAGUGGGCGAUUAUGUACUGCUCUGAAAACGACGAAGCUCUGACGUCAACUAAUAUAGUUAAGCUGAAGUCCUAAAUUGAUAAAGGUACACCCUCGGUUUUACAAUCGUUUAAUCUUAAGGGCUAAUGACCAUUCAAGCACAAAUUCCCACAAGAAAAAAACCAAUUAAACCAAACCCACAUCAUCGACAUCCACGUGACCACCAUCCGAAAUGUCAAACCAAAGAAAUAAAAUAACAAACCAGACAAUAGGACCUGUGGAGCCCUUAUCUCGGCACACAAUCCCUACGAAAUAACGCCCCAGAAACCGCAAGCCACAUCCCCUGCGCGUCGGACCAAUGAUGACAGCUCUGACUUCGAAACACGGGAUUACGAUUGGCCAGGAUUACAACCUCCAAUUGAGCUUGUUAAAUAUAAAUUGACUAAAAUAAUAAUGUCAGAAGUCAGUUUAUGUGCUUAACUGAAGCUCGUCGCAAUUGUUUCAUUAAAAAAUUAUCGGUAAAUUGAAAUAGAUUGCUCUGAUUGUUUCGAUCAAUUAAAAGUAUGGAAGGUGCGCCUUUCGACGAUCAAAGUUUUAAUGAUUUCAAUAAUCAGCCGUUACCUUCAUUGGCUUCGACGCUUCUAAACAAAAACCAAGAAAACUUAAACGUGCAUUCCAUACAGGUGAUGCUAGGAUUGCAACAGCAGCAUGACAUGUUCGGAAGCAUGGGAUCGCCCAUGGAAUACAAGGGCUCUCCACAGAAACUGGACGGAUCGCCGAUACACCAAGACCUCGGAAUGUACUCACCCGGAAUGGAAAACAUCAACAAUAAUUCUAAUAGUGCCAAAAGGAAAACUGAAGACGUAGUGUUACUUCAAUCACAAAAUUUGAGUUCUACGGAAAUUGGGAGUACGCAGACAGCGCCGCCUAAGAAGAACGAAAAGAAGAAAAAUGAUAAUGGAGUUAAAAAGAAAAAAACGAGAACUACCUUCACUGCUUUCCAAUUAGAAGAACUGGAACGCGCUUUCGAACGAGCGCCCUAUCCCGAUGUCUUCGCCAGAGAAGAAUUAGCUCUAAAACUCAGCCUCAGCGAAUCUCGAGUACAAGUAUGGUUCCAAAAUCGAAGAGCUAAAUGGCGAAAACGAGAACCGCCACGCAAAACCGGAUACAUCAGCUCAGCAUCACCCAGUUCUAGUAUCGCUACGAAUUACAACAAUACGAUACCGUUCACUCAAGCGAAUACUUUAACAUCCACCGCUCCAGUAGAUUCUUGGAGUUACCAGUCUUCUUACGAUUUAGGUUCGCAUUUAAACUUACUCAACAGUACGAACGGUUCGUACUCAAGUUUUGGCUCGCCGGCGUCUUACUCUAGCUUCGGUUCUACUCAGAAUAGCUACUCUUACAUGUUGAACUCCCACGAAAGUCAGUUAUUCAGCGCUCCGAUGCGUACUCACGAAUACACAGCCGCUCCUCCAAAUCAAAGCCCGCCCUUAAAUCGAGAAUACUCAAUGCUUCAAACUCACUCGCCAAGCGCUGACGAAAACUCUAUUGGCGUCAAGAUCGAAUACGUUGAUCACAAUGUGGCUAUGAGCCAGUCCCCUGAUUGGUAUGAAAACGGAUCUCCUAAGCACGAACACGGUUACCAGGAGGACGGGAGGCUGAAGGAACUGAAAUCUGAAACCGGGAAUGGAAACCAAACUUACGUAACGUUACCCCCUUUUCGGAAUUAGCUAAAAUUGUAAAUAGACAUUAUUUUUAGCGCAACUAAAAGAUGUAAAUAAUUUUGUUGGCGAGCAUUGUAGUCAAAAGAGUGUAUAUAUUUAUUUAAUAGAUUUGCAAGGAAAGUAUCAAUAUAUAGCGUGUAACAAAAAGGUAGGUCACUUAAUUGUCAACUCUUUCAUGUCGAUUUUAUGAACUGUUUUCAAAAAUAAUAUCUAAAUUUGAAUAAUUCGUCUUUUCUAGACUCUCCUGACCAAUUUGUAUAUUGUUAUUUAGCAUCAGGAUAUUGUCAAUAUUUGUAGAGAUAUUAUAGUUUACAGCUUAAACUUAUAAUAGAUGAUUUCAACGGAAGACAUCUUGAAGUUGCAAGGUCAUUGAAAGAUCUUUGCGCUAUCUAUAAGUUUACAUAACAACUAAUAAAAUAAAAAAGAAAACUGUAAAUUAUUAUUUUGGCAUUGUAUCUAAAGGUACGGCGUCGUUAAGUAUAAUUUUUUUCUUUUUUCUUGCCUUCUUCUUUAGUUGUAUGGGCUCAGUUUUCACUCUCACUUUCGCCAAGAUCUGGAAUCUAAUGGUGAGAUUACAGAACGUCUGCAACUUUGCAUAUCUGCAAAUAUGGCGGCAACUUUGCAGAUCUGCAAAUAUAGCGGACUUACAGAUGCAAGUAUCCAAAAAAUAUCUGCAAAUUCGCAAUAUUUAUUACCUCUAACAACACUAAAUUCAAAUCCACCCUUAAGAAGGUUAGCACAUCCUACAACCAUGAAGUCUUCUGUUUCUUUUGAUUGAAUACAGUUCAUGGUAACAGAUUAUCGAGUUUUUAAACAUAUUAAUGGAUUUGGGUUUAGUGUUAUUGGGGGUAAUAAACCACAAUAAAUAUUGCCAAUUUGCAGAUCUUUUUUGGAAUACGAAAACUUGAUACAUGCAUAUGUAAGUCCGCCAUAUUUGCAGAUCUGCAAAGUUGCAGACGUUCUGUAAUCUCACCCUAGAUCUACAUGGCUUGUUAAGCGCGCGUUAGGUCGUUUUAUGUUUUUACAAAUUUUGACAUGACACAUUACUAAGAAAAAGAAGACUCUAGGACCUGUCACUAAGUAGAUAGAGAUGGUGAAAAACUGAGCACAUACAACUAAUGAAGAAGACAAAGAAAAAAAUGAAUACCGACGCCGUAACCUUAAACAGAUUGCCAAAAUAAUAAUUUACAGUUUUCUUUUUUAUUUUAUUAUUUGUUUUGUAAACUUAUAGAUGGCGCAAAGAUCUUCCAAUGACCUUGCAACUUCAAGAUGUCUUCCGGUGAAAUCAUCUAUUAUUAAAAUAUGCACAUUAUUAAAAGUAUGAAUCAUAAAUCUUAUUAUGGAAAAUUAAAUAAUAAAUUUCGUUAAAAUACUUCAGCAGUUGCCAAUAUAGAGAGUUGUCUUUAAAAAUGAUCUUAAAUAAUAGUAUACUUGUAUAUUUUUUAAUAAUACUGUCAUUGUCAUUAUCGCCUAAUUCAACACUAAUAAAUAGUUGUGGUUAAAAUUGUUUAAAAAAAUUUAUAUUCAAAUUAAAGAGAGAACACAGAUAUACCCCAUCUUGUAAUUACUUUAGAGUUUUUCGUAAUUUGGCAAGAAUAAAUUAAUAAAAUUAAUUUUAACUUCUUGUUUUUAGAAUUUCAAUAUUUUUACUAAAUACAGGGUGUUUCGUUAUUGACUGGUAAAUAAAAAUGUAUAUUUUUUUAAAUAGAACAUCUUGUAUUUUAUUUUUAGAAUGGGCUGACAAUACUGCAUUUAACUCUAAAAACUUUUUAAAAAAAUAUUACAAGGUUGCUAAGCAAUUAUUAUAUUUAUUAGAAAAAUGAUAAUUUUUAUAAUAAAACCAUCAAAAUCUUGAGAAAAAUGCGUUUGGGUACAGUCAAUGCCAAACAAAAUAAAAAAUUUGAAGUGUCCAACACAUGACUUUCUUAUCUAGUUAUUACAGGCUUUCUCGGAUUAUUUUGUACAACUUAUUGUAUCACCCCUGUAAAUGUUUAGAGGAUGAACUUAAUACAUUCAUUUUCCACAAACAUCUUACUCGUAAUAUUUUUUUUAAUAUGUACUCAUUUCCAACGAAAGUACUGAAAACCUAAAAUUUUACACUUUUUCUCAAAAUUUUUUCAUUAUGAUCCAUUUUAGAGACAUCAUGUAUGAGACAAAGAAUAUAGAGAAUGAUAUCAUGAUAUUACAAACAACUUUUAUUUGAACAACUUUCUUAAAAAUUUUGCACUUUUGUCAAUUACUCAAGUACGGACCAUUUUAGGAAAAUUAUGAAUGGAAUAAAAAUUAUAUAUAAUCACAUUAAAAGCAACUUUUAUUUAACUAAUUUUCUUCUCCUAGUGCAAAUAACAGACAUCUUCUAUAAAGUAGAAAAAAUGCCCCUCAGAUGAUUCGACUCUGUCCAAAAUCUAAUUAGCUCACCAUAGGAUGGAAUAAAGUUUAAAAUUUGGUUUUUCUCUGUAUCCGUUUAUGGGUAGUCAUCGAGUAUAGACCAAACGGUAUUGUAUUUGAAAAAAUUGAGAAUAUCGUAAUCUUCCAUUUAGGUCCACCCUGUAUACAUUAACAAAUUAAUGAAAACAGAAAACAUUUUAGGAAUUUUAAGUCUAUUAAAAUUGUUUACCGAUGUGAAAACAAUCAAAUCUGUUAUCCAGAUUGUUUGGUCUAAAAAGUAUAAUUUUGGUUCGCUCCUCUUUUAUGGACUACCAUGUAUAUUUAAGAAUAAUUGUAAAAUAUAGUCGUAAAUGAAGAUAAUUUUAUUUGGAGUUUACAUCAAUCUUAAUUUAAAAAAAUGCUUACAACCUUGUAAUAUUUUUAAAAAAUAAUUUAGCGUUGAAAACAGUAUUUACUAGAAUAUUCUAAAACUGAAAUAAAAUAUCCAUUUGAAAAAUAUAAAUUUAACGUCCUGUAUAUCAAAUCCAUAUAACUUUUAUUUGAACUUGUUUGGGUGUCUAUAAAACACAAAUUGAUUUAUUCAGAAAUUACGGACACCCUGUACAUGACUUUUCUCUUUAAUUUUGUUUAAUAAUUAUGUUAUCCAGAUAUUUGAAAUCAAAUUUCUCUAUACACUUAAAAAAGCAGGUAAAACCAAAAUGGAAAAGAAAUGGUCCAAAGAUUGGUUACAGAAAAUGUAUUUUUGAUUUAUCCUACUUCAAAAAAACUGUAAAUACAGAACAAAUAUUAUUAUUAUUAUUUACUUUUCUUGUGAACGUUUGUGCCUUUUAUAAAAUAAAUAUUACAAUGUAUAUAUUUAUAUAAUGUGAAAUUGUGAAUCUACGUGCCAUUAAAUAAUUUUAUAUUUUUGAAUUUAAUAAAUUUAUAUAUUUUGUGAACAUAUAAAAUGCCAAAUGUUGCCUUACAGUUACCAGAGUGCCAUAUUUUUCAGAGUUUUGUAUCGUUUUUAUUUUAAAAAUAAAAUAUUUUAUUUAAGUAAUAACUUGAUUAUUUAUUUAUUUACAUUUCUGUUACUAUUUAUUUAUCAUAUUCAAAUAAAAAAUCAAAAGACACUAAAUUGGUGGUGCCCACCUUAUCGAGACUGAGGCCCACAAGGGUAAAGUCUUAGCGUAAAAUAACAAGAAAUGAUUUGAUUUGGAACGAAAGACCGAAAGCCGAUAGAGGUAUAAAAACGUUGAAUUUUAAAGUUUGUGAAGUAUUGCCAUUACUAAGGUUAAACUACGUGAUGAUUGUCACAAGCAUUGAUUUUUAAAACCAUUUCAUAUCUAAUAAUAAUUGGCUCUAAAACCUGCUCAUGUAAAAUAUUUGGACUUCUUACUUCUUAAGUAUAUGUAUAUCUAAAAAUAUUUGGUCUCUUUUAUAUCUGUCCAUG